AUGCAAGCAGCACUUCGGAGUCUUGGAACUCUUCACUCGAGAGAACGCGUUCGACUAUUCAUAGCGGCGCAACAAUACCAGCAAAUCGGCGAAUUGGAACAUGAAUUUGAAUGCCCAUGUGACGAAUGUUUGCGACGAGAAGUACUGGGCUUAAGAAGAAUUCGUCGUGCAAGCGCUCAACAGGUUACCGCUUUCAAGCUGUCAGGAGCGCAAAUCCAACACGUGGGACUGCAUGAGCACGAUCCGGUAAUAAAAGCACCAAGGCGUCGUCGAUCAAUGGAUGACAAUGCCCGAAGGGGUGGAAAUAAGAUCGGUAGAGUGGCCGGCUUGAGGCCAGGAAGAAUCACUUUGACACCCAUCCACCUCACACAAGUCGGAGCGGCGCAGACGCCCCAUCCGCCUAUGCAAGAUCAUCGCGGGUUCGCCAGUGCCAUGACACUAUGCAACAAAGACAAGUUUGUCGAGCAACCGUGCUGGGAAAGCGAUCAACAUUCGCAGCAUUCAAGUGUGGUGCAUGGUACAGCGAAGAGGAAGCGACAAGCCUCAGUCAGGAAGAGAGGAGAACAUAGGGCGUGUGCAACAGAGCAAUACAUGAACGACUCCCACACUCCUGUCGCUAAAGCUAAAGGCUGGCUGGCCUUGCCUCAUCACCGUGGUUUAUCUGGAAGUGGGGAUUGGAGAGGGGGGAACCGGAUGAUUGACAAGGCGGCAGAAGGGUUGAUCAGGGCGCAGGGGAGGCAGCUACUUGGGUUAUUACCUGCUCUGAGAAGCAAGAAGCGCGACAGCAGGAAGAAGAUAUGA